AUAACUUCACAGCUGACAAAGUAUCGAAAUGGCUGACAUUUCAGAAUUGCGUAUGAAUGUUACGGCUUUAAAACGUGUAGAUCCAUAUGUUAAAGAUAUUAUUGAUACGGCAUCGCACGUGGCAUUAUAUUCAUUUAAUCGUGAAGAAAAUAAAUGGGAAAAAACAGAAAUUGAGGGUGCAUUAUUUGUAUACAAUCGUAAUGGACAACCUCAAAACAGUAUAAUUAUUAUGAAUAGAUUGAAUACAAACAAUUUAGUUGAACCGGUUGUACAAAAAUUAGAUUUACAAUUACAAGCACCGUUUUUAUUAUAUCGAAAUUCACGAUUUCGUAUUUACGGCAUAUGGUUUUACGAUAAAGAAGAGUGCGUUCGAAUUGCAUCGUUAUUAGAAAAAUUAAUUGAGGAAGUGCCACGAAUUGAAACAAAAACAAUGUCAACUCCUCAACAAGGUGUCGAUAUCUUUGGUAUGUUAACGAAAGCGCAAGAGGAUUUUAAAAAUUCAUCAACAAAACCUGUCCCACCAGAUGUUACAUCGCAAAGUGUUAUGGAUUUCUUUGCAAAAGCGAGUGGGGGCACCGGUAAAAGUGAACCAUUAUUCCAACAGAUAUUUAAUAAUCCCGCGCAUAGUGUUGAGCAUAUUGAGAAACAAGUUCGGGCAGCCACUCCAGCGGACGCUGUAGAAGAUUCGGUACAAGCUAGUGUGAAUUUAAUUGAAAGUGGCGUUGCAAGGUUACAAACAUCUCCGGAACAACCGUUGACACCGAGUAUUCGACAAAAUUCAACAGCACCAGCUUUAAUGCCACCAACUAUGUUUACUACAGUGGCAUCAGCUGUUACAAAUCGAUCGUCGGUCGAUCCCCCGCCAGAACCGUUAACUAGGAAUCAAUUUCAUCAAGCUUUUAUUUAUAUGUUAAGAAAUGAUCCAGAUUUUGUUACAAAAUUACAUGAAGCUUAUGUUAAGUCGUUUUCAGAACUUGUUUCAUAAACAGUUUUUGGGGGCUUAGGCCUGUUUUUGGUGUGUAAUUUUAACUUAAAAAUAUGACUGGACUGAUGUGGUGUUAAUUUUGUUUGUUUUCAAAAAAUUAUUUCUAAACUUUGUAAAUAGGAAAUAAAAUUUUGUUUUAUAUAAUACAAGACUGUUUCUGAAUAUAUGCGGCAUAAGGGGAAUUAAUUGUAAAGGACCAUUUUUAGCCAAUUCUGAGUUCUAAGCUAAGUUUGAUACAAAAAUUUCUCCCAAGAUUGAAAUAAUAUGCUUAUCGUUAAUAUCUACGACUCUAAAAGAAAUUUCAUUUUCUCAUUCACGAAAGAAUAUUAAAAAUCAUUCCCUAUAUUUUAUCGCAUCUAUUUAGAAACGUUUUUAACAGGGUUGUCCCAAAUUUAUUGUAGCAUAAUAUCAAAGUUUGAUUUUUUUUGGCUUUAAAAAUUACGAAUUUCAAGAAUAUUUUGUAGUUGGGAAUACUUUAGAAGCGGGGCCUAUUUAAAUUAGAAUGCUAUUUAACAAUAGGCACAAUAUGUACUAGGUGUGUCAGGGUUUAUCCUGGCAGAAAUAUUUUUUAUAAAUUUUUACAUUUUUAAUAAUUACAAGUAUUUUGCACUUUUGUGGAAAUUAAUUUGUAAGAGACCAUUUUAUUGCAAAUUUUAUCUAUUUUCAGGAAAAUUAUUGUGGCAGCUCUUAUUGUGGCAGGAAGGUCUGUCACACCGAUUUUUAAUAUAUAAAUCCAAUAAAAUUUUACUCUGUUCGCGGAUAUACUUUUUUUUUUAAUCGUUUGUUUUGAGUUCUAAUUCGAAACAUCUCGGUGUGACAACUCAAAACUUGACCAAAAUGUCUGUCACACCAAUAAAAAAUAAAAAAUUAACCCUGGCACACCUAGUCCAUGUUGUACCUAUCGUUAAAUAAUAGUGAUUUAUGCCACGGGCUCCAGGGCUAUUAAGAAACCGUACGAAACACGUUCAUAGUAAAAACUUUAAUUUGGAACAAAAAAACCGAACUAAACUAACGUUGCAAAAUUUUUUAUGAAACUUGACGAAUCAAGACUUGGGAGGGGUGUCAAAACUGUCUGGUCUCCAGCAUGAGAGUUAAAGUAAUGAAUACAAGUUUUCUAGGGCUGGAUUUCCCCUUCAAAAAUACAAUUUUAUUUAAUAGGUUUUAUAAUUCUUGGAAUAUUACGACAUAAUAAAAUUUAAAAAAUCGCAUAGAAUUCUGAAAUUCGUAACAUGUAACAUCUUUAAAUUUUUUAAGCUAUUAUAGGUUUGUGAUUAUUUUUUUGUAAAGUUUUACAUAUUUGAGAUUUUUUUUUGUUUUUAUAUCAAGUUUAGAAAGUUGUAAAUCUUGAAAAUGUAUUUUAACUUGUUUUCGGCUGUUUUUUAUAAUAAACACCAAAGAAUUUUAUUUUGAAUUCGUCUUUACUUCGAUGUUGAUUCGAUAACUGAUAAAAAAUAUCCUAAAAUUAUCGUUUAAAUCCAUAUUCUGAUUUCUUCAAGGGGCUAUCCAAAAAAUAUGCCCCAUGCCGUUAUGUUUUCUUUAUAAACCGCCAUAGCUCUUCCUGCUCGCUUUUUAACGAUUAGUUUUUAUAUUGGUGAAAAUUUUUUUCAAAAUGAAAUAAAUACUAAAAAUUUUAUAUACUGGCUUUGUGAAAUCUUUAAAAAAUAUGUUGCUUUACAAACCUUUAAUAGCUUCUUUUUAAAUUUUGAUUUAUGUUAAAAAACGGGGACAAUGUAACAGCUCAUAAGAGUUAGAAGGAAAUAACUAAAAGAUUUAAUUGUCAAUAGAUACGGAUAUUUGACGACUAGAUGCCUAAUUUAUAAGAUAUUGCUUAAAAUUGCAAAAUAUCAGGAGAUAUUCCAGAAAUAAUAAAUUUGUU